AUGCACAGGAUAUGUAGUGAACAGCACAUCAUAUACAUAUUGCGGGUAGAAGAUAUCGUAGAAGAAAGAGACGCCAAUAAGCUUCUAGUAGUGCUAAUUAUGCCAGCGAGAUGCCCUGGCUUGACAUACAGAACGGGAAUCCAGGCGAAGUCUUCGCGUCGCAUUAUGCUUGAAGAUAGUGACGGAUUUGAUCUGAAAAAGAGGGGAAGUUGAUGGAAGACCUCGAAGUAGAUAGCUGAUGGCGGGCUGGAUAUGUCGUAACGUAUUUGAGAAAGAGCGAGCGCGAGGGGCGCGCGUCGAUAUUAGGCUUACCGCGUUCCCGUUCCCUUUUGGUUUUCAGGUACUGCGCCGCGGAGUAUCUUAAGACUUGCGUCCCGGCAUGUCUUUCGAUCGGAGUGCUUGCGGGGUGUGUGGUGUUUGAUCCCUCACACCUGGGUCCGCCUUAGUGCAUAAACUUGGGCCCGGCGCAUUCUCCUCGCGUGUGGUCUUGUCUUCCGAUCCAUCUAAAAGCUUAAACGCAAUCUGGGGAAAAGCGUGGUGGCCCAACGGCUCGCGCAGGUUUUUGGAUUCUCGCUAGAUGAUCGUGAUGAAGCGAAGAAGAAGGUAGGACAGUCAGGCCAGAUCAAAUAUUUGCAGCGAAGCACAAUCAAUGGUGCCCGGCGAGUCUUAUAGGCGCAAAGGGUUUGUUGUUUCUUUCUGUCUCUGUUGUUGUUGUGUCUCUCUCCCUCUGUUGUUUUUGUUGUUGUUGUUCGUUGUUGUUGUGUCUCCCUGCCUCUGUUGUUGUUGUUCGUUGUUCGUUGUGUCUCUCUGAUUCUGUUUUUGCUAUUGUUGCUGUUGUUGUUGUGCAGUCUUUCUCUUCUUGCCUCUGUUGUUGUGGUUGUUUUUGUUGUGGGUGCUUUUUUGCUCCGGUUGCUGUUGUUGUUGUUGUUGUGGGUGCCUUUCUGCCUCUGCUGUUGUUGUUGUUGUGGCUGUGUCCCCCGCCCCUGUUGUUGUUGUUGUUGUUGUCGUUGUUGUGUCUCUCUGCCUCUGUUGUUGUUGUUGCUGUCCUCGUUGUUUUUGGUUUGCGGUGCUUUGGUUUUUUGGUGUGCUUUGCUGCUGGUGUGCUUUGUUUUUUUGGUGUGCUGUGCUCUGUUUUUUUUCGCGUGCUGUGCUCUGUUUUUUUCGCGUGCUAUGCUUUUGGGCUUUUUCGUGCUGUUUUCUUCGUGUGCUGCGGUUUCUAUCUUUGGCCUGAAAAGUUCAGUUUAUAUAUAUAUGCACAUGAUCGCCCCCUACAGUCACAUGUUUUUGAAUCAUACCAUUUCAUAAACCUCUACAAAUUUUCACUGAGCUAUAGAUUUAGAUAUAACAUGAUGUACACUGCAAUUAUGUCACCGACUACGUACAGGCACAACAUGUAUCACGUACUAGAUGAACAGAACAACAAUGCGGGGCUGUGCUUUUGCAUGCGUGAAAUACAGCAACAGAUGAACAGUAGAUGAACAGGAUAUGUAGUGAAUAGCACAUCAUAUGCAUAUUGUGGGUAAAAGAUAUCGUAGAAGAAAGAGACGCCAGCAGGCGUCUAGUCGUACUACUUAUGCUGCCUAGGUGGGACGAGUAACAAUAAACGACGUCGAACAAUAAGGGGCGAGCUGUGUCUACCCAGUGUUGCUUUCUCUGCGCCCACCAUGAUGCUGAUGCGUCGACAAAAUCGAAAAGUUUGCAAUUCUAGUUGUAGCGACGUGCCUACGAUUGUUUGCCCUCACAAAUAAACGACGUCCUCGAACAAUGAAGGAUGAGGUUCGCCUACACGGUGUUAAAGGAACACUACCUGAAAAAUUGGCAAUUGUACA